AUGACUCCAAUUUUUAAGGUCGGCGAGAACGAUGCUGUCAUAGGUACAUAUGAAUAUGACAUGCUUGAAGAAGACCAAAUCCGUCUUUUGAAGUUAUUUCCCGAGGAUAGCAAUCGCGGCUCGAGCUCACCACUUCAAGGCGAGUUACAAACUUACCGAUUGACGAUACCUGUCAUCGAGGCGGCCAAGCAGGAGAACGAUGCCGAGAUUGGAUCAGGCUCUGAUGGUGCCAAAGCCAUUGAGGAAGCACCAGAGUACGACGCUCUUUCUUACACCUGGGAAAACAUCACCCACAUGAGCGCAGACGACAUAGAUAACGCUCUACAGACUGCGAAGGCGAAGCCUACGGAGGUCAUCACCAUCUUCGAGGAUCGUCUUUCCAAAGGCACUAUUGUUAUCAGUCCCAACCUUGAACGUGCGCUUAAGAGGUUCCGCAAAGAGAUCGAUUCGGAAUAUCCCUUACUACUGUGGAUCGAUUCAAUAUGCAUAACACAGAACAGUCCUCGCCACAAUACUGAAAAGAGUGGGCAGAUCCAAAAAAUGGCAGACAUUUACCACGAAGCAACAAAGGUUCGUGUCUGGCUCGGUGAAGAAGACGAGGAUAGCCACAUAGCUUGCAAUUUCGUCAAAGAAAUUUUGAGUUUCAAGAAGUUUAAUGAGCUAUGUGAGUCGGCCCAGUUUGCCACAAAGUGGAAUGCGUUCAGGAACCUUAUGCAAAGACCUUGGUUCAAACGUCGGUGGAUAGUCCAGGAGGUGGCUUUCGCGCAGAAAGCAGAAGUAUACUGCGGUCGAGACAAGCUAUCCUGGGAGGAACUUGCGAGUGCCAUGUCGUUGUUUGCUACGAAAGGACAUGACCUGAGCAAGAUCUUUCAAAAGUCGGCGACGUACAGUUACAAUGCGGAUCAUCUGGGUGAGAUCGAUGCGUAUGGUGCGAAGACCCUGGUCGACACGAUCGAAUCCAUGUUCCGAAAGUCCGAGGACGGCCACGUCAUGGAGAAUCUGCUCUCGCUUGAGGCGGUUCUUACAAACUUGGCCGCUUUUGAUGCACAACGACCUCAUGACUAUAUCUACGCUGUCAUGCGUUUGUCAAAUGAUGCGAUUCCCGUAUCAGAGCUCAGUGCCCGGUCUCCCGUCUGCUCCCCAAAACUCCCCACGGAGGGAGUUGCACGACAUUUACGAAAGCAGUCCGGUCAACUGUUCAAAACCCCUGUCAGCUCUGACGGGCAUAUACAUCAUUCUCCAGAGCGCAUCAAUCAAUCUCAUGCUGUUCCAACUUUCAACAUACCCCCUACAACAGACAUGGAGCCCAACUGGGAUAACGUACGUGCUGAACACUCUCGUGGGAGGCCCAGGAGUCGGACUCCCCCAAACGCAAAGCUCCUAGGAGUGGAGCCGCAUCGUAAAACCCGGUCGCGUUCGCGCGAGCCUUCACGAGCCGCAGCCAGGAAGGAUGCCGAAAGAGGAUUUCGAAUCCCUCCAAGGAAUUUCGUCGUCAACUACGAGCGAAGUCUCUUCAGCCUUUGCGUCGAGGUGAUGAACUUUAUCGUGUCGAGGACAAAGUCGAUCGACAUGAUUUGCAAACCAUGGGUGCCGAACUUAAGCGGUGAUCAAAGCAGCUUCUCGCCGAUCCAUGAGCACGACACGGUCACGAUGCCCUCGUGGAUUUCUUCCCUCGACAAAAGAGCCUUUUCCUGGAACCCCACGGACAACGGGUACAGCUACAGCAGAAUCGCCGCGGAUCCACUUGUAGGCACUCAAUUGAACGGAAUGAAGCCGUACAGUGCCUCUGGAAUUGUACCCGUCCCCGUCGAAUAUCUCCCGUCUGCUGGGCCUAGCAAGCUCAUUGACGGGAGGAUACUGAAAGCGCAUGGGUUUGUGCUCGAUACCAUUGACAAACAUGGGUCGCCCGCGCACAACGCCGUGAUCCCAUCCAAGUGGCUUGAGAUGGUGGACUGGAAGGAUGCGAGGCGACCGUUCCCUGAGAUGAGUGCUCCACCAGAGGCUUUCUGGCGGACCCUGGUGGCCAACCGAGCCUCGUCAGACAGCCCGAAGCCUCCAGAAGGCCACUGGCGCUUCGCGACACGGUGGAUCUUCACUCGAAGACCAAAGGACGGCAACCUAGACACGGGUGCUUUGCUGAGAGACAUUUCUGGCAACGUCGCGACCCCCAUCGUUCCGUUCUUGCAUCGUCUGCGCGCUGUGAUCUGGGAUCGGUCGCUCAUCAAGACUAAAGGGCUGGAUCAAGAAUCUCUUGGAUUCUUGGGACUCGCACCUCCAGAUUCCGAAGCUGGCGACAUCGUGUGUAUACUCGAAGGCUGCAGUGUGCCGGUUGUCCUGCGACGCAAGACACGGACUCUGCAUCCGCCGCUGCCCAAAAUCUUCAAGCGUGGAGGGCGGACGAGAGGCUACCCCCGGGCCGCUGGUGUCAAGCCCAACAUGCAAAAUACCUCGGCCAGUUUGACAAGUCCAGAAGGCGCCCAUGGAAGUGAAUCGUCCGAGCCUCGGCGAGAGGAGGUCGAGUACUCGUUUAUUGGCGAAUGCUAUAUCCACGGUAUGAUGGACGGCGAAGCAUUCGACGUGCAAAAGAGAUUCAAUCUUGCCAGCGGAGAGUUCCGGAUUGGGUGUGUGGCCACUGAAUGUAACUGCGACAAGUGUAAUCCUACAAAAUCUCGCCAUUCUUCGUGA